UUUCUUGGCGGUACCGGGAUAGGCAUUUCUUUCAUUUUCAGUGCCAUUGUGGAUUUGUACCUGUAACAAUUUACCUUCGGUCUACCGACACUAACGAACGAACUUGUCUUACUAAAAUCAGUAUAGUAAUGACUAUAUGUGUGUUCGGACUGAGUUUCUGUAUGUUCUAGAACAAGGACUACGGUUUAAAGUUGAGAUAUGGCACAUUUAAUUCAGAAGGAUGGGAAUAUGCAGUGUGACAGUCUUAAAGAAGAUGUGUUUCCCCAGACUGAGGAACUAAGGGCAAAAAUUCGUGAGGAUGUGGAAUUAACCGAGGAUACAGGCAAACCCAACCAUUUUAAGUCACUUUCCAGAGGGAAUACUGUGCUGGAAAUGCAUGGAGAAUCAGGAAGGAGGUUGCUAGAUGCAACUGGUGAUCUGUCGAUGAAAACAGAACUGGAACACUCAGGAGUCAUAAACUGGUGUCGAACAGCCAAGAACCUGAUACCAUUAAAAACUACAGGAGACGGCAACUGCUUACUUCAUGCGAUCUCAUUGUUCGUCUGGGGGCUACAAGACUCCGAAAUGUUUCUUAGACGUCUUCUGUAUAUCACUCUCAUCAAUGACCAUCAGGGUACCCUCAAGAAGCGUUGGCGUCAGGAGAGAGGAUAUGUCUCACAGAAUGUCCCCGGCUUGAGACUAAACACAAGAGACUGGGAAGAAGAAUGGGAUGCAGUUCUGAAGUUGGGUGAUGACACGCCUCAAAACAGACCGGAUGACUUACCAUACAGCUCGCUGGAGGAAAUACACAUUUUCGUCAUUGCCAAUAUUCUGAAGAGACCUAUCAUAGUUCUUUCUGAUCCUAUGAUUCGCAGUUUAGCUGGGCACUCUAUUCAACCCGACAACUUUGGAGGCAUCUAUCUUCCUUUGCUAUGGGAUUCCAGCCACUGUUGUAAACACCCAGUUGUUUUAGGUUACCACAUGUCUCAUUUCUCACCAUUGGUCAGCCAGGUGAAUCCUCACCAAGAAGUCUUCUCUUUCACCCAGGCAGAACAUGUGGUACCUCUUGUACACAAGGAUCUCACCCCACUAAGACUUCAUUUCCUUUUGCCAGAAGAGGAGGGGAAUGUCCAAAAAUGGUUAAAUGGAUAUUUAAAAGUUAAGGAAGUCCCCUUGACAACGGUGGAUGGAGUUGUAGGCAUUUUAGCUGCUACACUCAACGUAGUUCCGCUUCCUAAAGAGAUGAAUAUUUUCAGAUACUUCAGUCAGUAUCUGGAGAGGAUACAGCAUCCUAAUAACAAAUCAACUAACCCCACUAAAUACACUCAAGAGUCCUUAGUUACUGUAGGGAAUCACCAACCAGUGCAGGAAGAGCGUCCACUGACACAGGUUGUCCAACAAGGAACAUUUGGUGGGAGUAAAUGUAUUACCAAUGUCUGUAAAAUGACAGGGUCCCCGGAACUCAACAACAUGUGUUCCAAGUGUUUUGCGGAUUUUUCACGAAGAGACGCCGCAAAGGAGGCAGUGAAACAUCAAACACCAAAGAGUCCCUCUGCGCCGUUGAUGAAGGUGGAUCCUUUAGACGAAAGUAGAUUAAUUUCAUUCGAAGCUCAGUCUGCUGAGGAGACUCCCAACCAAACUCAUUUGUUCUUACCUCCUACAUCCAAGGCAGCCUGUGCCUCUCCGGUUUGCGCUAACACCACGUCUCUGAAAGAAGGUCUUUGUCGCAAGUGUCUGCAAACGUUGACAAGCAGUGUUGUAACACCGCCCGCCAAACAGCGACGAUCUCAGGAUCAGUCCGAGAUGUUUGGGACAGGAGAGCCUCAAAAAGCCGAUGAAUCUGGAGCCAGCGCAUCACCUUCACCUUCAAGUCCUAAAUGCAUUACUGAAGGUUGUGGGAAGUUGGGGAGAGAGGAACAAAACAGUUUAUGUGGAAGAUGUUACCUUAAAAGCUCGAAUCUGGAUGGGUCUAAUUCAGUAAUGUUACCGUUAAAAUCACCACAGCCUGUUUCAGAACACCCAAUAAUGGUACAGCCGUCAACGGAAACAACCGGCGGUCGUUCUGCGGACGACGAAAGUCCGGAAAAACCUAAACGUAUAUGUUCUACACCAGGUUGCGUGGGUUUAAGGAUGAACAAUUCAUUGUCGAUGUGCAAUACGUGCCACUGGAGAAACACAAAUCCUACAAUAAACCAGCGGUCGGAUCCACCUACGAAUUUGCGCCUGUCAACAGAAGGGGCUGGCCGAAUAACGUCUUCGGGAGCGGGCAACGAUACUCGAGCUCAGGACCAAGAACAGCUUGAAGAAUCCUGGGCAGCUUCGUUGUCCAGCGAAGAAGUUAUUGUGAGUGAUCGUCAGCAAGUGAAAUGUGUCAGCCCAGUGUGCAGUAACCUGGUUUUCCCGCCUAAGCAGCUGUGUGACAAUUGUGUAGCAACUCUUAGUCGAGCUAGAGUCCAGUCAGAAGCAGUCUUGUGCUGCAAAGAAGGUUGUACUUUCCACGGAUCAGCAGAAUUCGACGGAUACUGUUCUAAAUGCUACUCGGAUUUACAGAGAAUGGAGGGCACUAGCACGGCUCUUAUUGGCACUAGCAGACCUGUGACUGGCACUAGUAGACCCCUUGCUGGCGCUAGCAGACAGACAAGUGUCUCACAAGAAAUUAUUGCACCGGGAAAUCGUGCUCUGGACAUUGAAUCACAGCAGCGGUCUCAUUCAGCUCCCAUCUUCAGCCGAGGUAAGCAUUGUAUCGUGAGCAACUGCUCGAGGUUUGGUGAUCCUGCUAUGGAUGACAUGUGUACCCGCUGUUACCAGAACAAGUACCAAGGUUUCAGUGCUUCUAACACGCCUGCGCAUCCACCUUAUGGGGCUUUGUACAUGGCAACACCCGCGGGAAACCAGCCACAGGUGGCCAAGGCAAUUAAAGGGCAGUCCGGAUUUGUCCCAUCCGGGUCCACUUAUCGGAAUUCCGAGAGAACUAAGUUCUUGGAGAAUAUGACCCGAUUGGAGGCAGUGAGGAAAUCCCCCCGAUGUCGAAACCAGCACAUGGGAUGCCAGAACUUCGGGAGUCCACAAAGACAAGGUUUCUGUACGGACUGCUAUAAUACGCUGAGAGGGGAAGAUGUAGUGGAUUGCGUAAGUCGAGGUGGGGGUAUGACACAGAUUGCAAACUUGUCCCUCACAUUUUGAGUGUUGACUAUAUUAUCUUAUAAAGAUAUGUGCACCCAAGAGAGGUCGACCUGGAAACCCGUGUUAUUAGCGUUUUGUUAUAUUUCAUAUGUAUAUAUUAAAUGUUUGUGUGAUUCGGGGUAAAUUAGGAAGAAUAAUCGACAGCAUACUGAUAGGAAAUUAUAUAAAUGUAAGCAAAUUACAUUAUAUAAAUGUAAGCAAAUUGUUGUGUGGUCAAACCACACUGUCAUCCUUUUGAUUGUAACGAUUUUCAGCAGUCCUUACAGCAUGUCUGUUCAACAUCACCCAGCGUACCAAUUGGUAAUACAUAUAGAUUAGGAAGUGUAUAAAUUACAUUACAUAAAUAAGUGAUAUUGUAUAUUUAAUUAAAUGUCAAUUAAAUGUUUGUUAAUAUUUAUGACAGCUAUCGCAAUGCAUACGCCGAUUUUAAUUUUAGUUUAUUUCUAUUUAAUAACCAGUGUGUAACCCAUGCCGAUUUGUAAACGUUGUAAAUAUUUCGGAUGGAUCAUUUUUGUACACUCUUGUAUUUCAUGAAAAGGUUUCACUGUUGUAAACGGAAAACGGGGCUGGUGUUACCGUUCCAAAAAUUUUUCUUUUCCGGUAUGUCGUGCUACCGAACAGUAUUGUAGUUGUUUGCUUUUCCAGUUGUCAGAUCAUGGCCAAUCACAUCAACAACGAACAAAACGGGGAACAUUAGUCCCUUGUUUUAUCGCCAAUUAGUACAAGUUAACGCCAUUCAGGAAUAUAUCAUUUAAUAUCUACACAGCAAGUCCAGAUACUGCAUGCAGUACUGUUACAGUGGGGACACAAGUUGACAACUGUGACCGGCCAUGCAAUGUAUAGCGUCUACUAAUUAGUACCUUAUUAAAUCAUUGUGUGUCGAUGAACUGGUGACUUCAAAUAUAACUUAUGCAUUCUAUGCAAGGGUAUGUUCUUUCAAUUGUUAUGCAGUAGGCGCAUGCCAAGGCCAGAGAUUUUAGAGCUGUCUCAUGCUGAACUCGCCGUUCUAUCAAACACACUUCCUCGUAACACAGGGUAGGCCUAAUUAUAUGUGCCACAAAAGAAAAAGAUUGAGAAAUCCCUGAACGAAAAGAUUGAGAAAAGAUUUCCUACAUUUCGUCCAGGGCUCAAAUCAAAGUAUAUACGCAAAUUUCCAGUCCAGACAUCGUUUGCAGGUUGUCAGCUACCGGAUACAGACGUGAAGACCAAUAAUCUUUACAAGCGAAAUGUU